AUGCUGUCUUGGGUACGCGUUGCCGUGCCUCGCUUUCGGAGCGUGUUUCGUUUGAGAAGCACUCGUAUACGCUCGCGUCACUGCGGGCCGUACAUGGGCGGCACUGCGAGUAAAGGCACGAGUCAUAGGCGCGAUGCGGAAGUGCUCGUGGAGAGCGUCCAGCGAGUCGCGCUGGAGCUCCGACACGCACGCCAGCGCACGCCGCACGUUCUCAGCGACGCGUACGAAGCCGAAGCUAGACAGCACGUGAGCGCUCUCAUGGCCGUUGUAAAUAGUGUGGACGUUGCGCAGUUCGAACUUUCCGAAUCGGACCUAGUUAGCGCUGUGGACGGUGCGGAGCAUAGCCAAGACGUGUCGCUCCCGGAGGCCAGCUGGCCAGAGGAGUGCAGGUGGCCAACUCGCCGUAUCCAGUACGUCUUCGGUGCCGAGCAGUCUGAUCUAUUUUCCGUCGGGGUAUUUUACCUGCCGAAGGGAGCGUACUUGCCACUGCAUGACCACUUUGGAAUGGUGGUCGUCUCGCGUGUGCUCUGGGGCUCACUUGUUAUGCGCGCGUUUGAUUUUGCGACGGAUCAUUACACCAACUACGAAGAGUUGGAAUGGAUGCACUGCAAUGGAGGCUGGGCAGAGUCGACAAUUCAGCGCUCAGAGCGCGAAGCUGGUGACGCCUGGGCGCUUUACCCCAGGUCUGGAGGCAAUAUUCACGAGCUCGUUGCAGUUCGAGAGCCGUGCGCUAUGCUCGAUAUCAUUAUGCCGCCGUAUCCGUCGGGAAGCACCAUUUUUGAUCGACGAAAGAAUCGCGAACUCUAUGAAUGCCAUUAUUAUCGAGCGACCCGGAGGAGACAACUCGGUGACCCGUCACGUACUCCGGAAUGGUUCCUUGAACGCUUCCCCGGCGAGGAUCUCGUCUAUGUGCAACGAGCUCGACAGCGUCUGUUUCCAGACCUCUGGCGAUAA